CCUGCGGAGGCCGAGUGCCGCGCACCCUCAGAGCGGUUGCACCUCAUGCUCCAGGGAGGCACUGGGAGUAGGGGUCUCAGCCCCUAGCGCGGACAUCGCUGUCUGCCCCUUGCCACCCCUGACACGCGUGUCUCCGCCGGUGCGUGGCCGUGCCUUCCCCGAGCGGAGCUCACUGCCGUCGGACACGGCUUCUGUCUCGCCAGCUUUUCCGCUGGGCCCCUCUCCCACGCGUGUCGCGCGGUUCUCUGCCAUUCUGCGGCGCAAAGCUCUUCCGGCGCUUAGCGCUGUUGUUCUUUAUUUGCAGGCUGGCUGGCGACUGACUGCAAUUCGGAAGAGUUGCAGCCACGGCCAAGGAGUUCCGUCAGCACAGCCCUCCACCGCAGGCAUGGUGUGUGUUGUACCAAUGAAUUGCCAGGAAAAACAUGUGAAAGUCUCCUCCAGGAAUGUGGCACCAUACUUCCUUUCAAGCUAAGUUUGAGUCUUGCUUUGAUCAUGUCUUUAAAUUGCUUUCAGCAAAGAACGUAUACGUCUAUCCAAAAAAUGAGCCUUUCGGGAUUGUCCUUGAAGAAAGAAGGAACAUAUGAAAUUGAGGACAUGCCAGACUGCAAGCACAGUUUCUCAGAAGUUGUUAAGUCCCUGGCUCAAAGCAUCUAGAAACUCUAAGGAGGCUCUGUGCAUUUCAUAAUAGGGGGAGACUAAUGCAGAAAAAAUCAGCUGAAAUCUCUGUAAUAUUGAGUUACAAUGACAUCAGUGCCUGUUGGCUAUGGAAACCAUGGCAGCAUGUUACAUGGGUGGGAAAGACAUGAGUGGACAAUGUGGCCCAACUUCUGCAGAUUCCACAUCUUCUGCAUGAUCUUGGCAAUAUUAGCUGUCGUGGUGCUGAUUCACAACGUUCGUCAGUUAGAGCACUUGGAUCACAGCACAGUCUCAGGGUUAAACUGGAUAACAGAACCUGGUGGCCAGCAGUCUUCAUCUCGGACAACUAAAAUUGCCAGCAAACUUUAUUGUGGUUAUGAGCAUCAAAUUUUGUCCAAAAGAGAACGAGCUGAAGAGGAAUUCUUACUUGCUGCUAUACAAUGGCCCAAACCCCCUGAAGACAAAAUCCCUUUUGUACGAAGUACUGAUCCUGCCCACAGCGACUUUGUGAUCUUAAAUCAUCAGGCACGUCUCAAGGUGGGUGAUCAGCUAGAGGUGUUAGUCCGUAUGAAAGAUUUUCAAGGCAAACCAAAGAAGUAUGGUGGUGACUAUCUACAGGCAAGAAUCCACUCUCCUGUGCUGAAAGCUGGUGCAACUGGAAGGGUUGUAGAUUACCAGAAUGGUUUUUACAAAGUCUUUUUCAUUUUGCUCUGGCCAGGGGAGGUCAAAGUGUCUGUGUCACUGGUCCACCCUAGCGAAGGCAUCCAAGUCCUUCGACGCUUACGGGAAGAAAAGCCAGACAGAGUUUACUUUAAAAGUUUAUUUAGAUCUGGAAGGAAUUCAGAAACAACUGUGUGCAAUGUGUGUUUGCCUGGAGAUCUUCCGGUGUGCAACUUCACUGAUCUCUACACUGGUGAACCAUGGUUCUGUUACAAGCCCAGAAAACUUCCCUGUGCCAGCAGAAUCAGCCAUGCCAAGGGGGGAUAUCAAAAGGGCCUUCUGACAGCAGCAGAGAAUCUCUUCUUCCAAAAUGAUGUGAAUAUCAAAAUGCCAGUAUUCUCCAGUGGCCCGGAUUCAGUGACUGUAAAGCCCCUGAGAUUUACAGAUUUUAGUCAUUUAAAGCGGGAUUCUGUUCUGUCACACCAGUAUAAAUAUGAAGAAUCAGGCAAUCUGGAGAGACAAGCUCCAGAUGUUUUCCCUUCCGGUUACUAUUAUGAAGAUCAGUGGAGGCCAAGAACACAGUGGAUUCAUCACUUCAACAAUUCUGUUGAUGUUACCAGAUGUUUACAAGGAAAAGUUAUCUACUUGUUUGGAGAUUCUACAAUAAGGCAGUGGUUUGAAUAUCUGACAGCAUUUGUUCCGGAUCUAGUGGAAUUUAACCUUGGGAGCCCUAAAAACGUGGGUCCUUUUAUGUCCGUGGACCUGAAGCACAGCGUCCUGCUGAAGUUCCGUUGUCAUGGACCACCCAUUCGCUUUACAACAGUCUUCACCAGCGAGCUACGCUACAUUGCCAAUGAGCUAAAUGGCAUUGUAGGCGGUAGAAACACCGUGAUAGCCAUAACCAUAUGGUCGCACUUCAGCACCUUCCCUCUGGAGGUGUAUAUCCGGAGACUGAGGAACAUUCGGAGGUCAAUCGUGCGACUGCUCGAUCGCAGCCCCAAAACAGUGGUGGUCAUCCGAACGGCUAAUGUCCAGGAGCUUGGGCCAGAAGUGAGCCUGUUCAACAGUGACUGGUAUUCUUUUCAGCUUGACACAAUCAUGAGGAAAAUGUUCUCAGGAAUUGCUGUGUUCUUUGUGGAUGCUUGGGAGAUGUCACUGGCUCAUUACCUGCCACAUAAUUUGCAUCCAGAAGACGUCAUUGUUAAGAAUCAGAUAGAUGCUUUCCUGUCCUUUGUUUGUCCUCUAGAAACUUAGCACAAUUGGUGAAAAGGAGUUCAUAGGCAAACAUGUCAAGUUUUGCUGUAGUGAAACUAAGUUGCUCUUUGUCAGAGGUAUAAAAUAAAACCAAGAAUGAUGUGGACAAACUUUACAGUUACUGCAGUUGCAAGGGAGGUCAGUUGUUUGGCUUUUUAAGUUGACAGCUGUAAGGAGUGGCAGUAAAAGGAAGUAGACUUCCUACAGCUAAAUUCAGGCUGUAUUUAUAUCUUCCUGUACAGUUGCUUCCUCUUGACCUUGUAAAUUAUCUCAGAUAACUAGGGAGCUCCUAAAGUUAAAGCAAGGCUCAGAAGGAAAGCUCUUUAAAUUAUUAGCUUUAUUGAUAGUUUGUACUGCAUGAGCAUUCACACAGCAUUGAUACUGUUCCCAAAGUCCAGUCCUACCUCAGUGGGAAGGAUUAUUUAGGAGCAGUCUCUUUUGUUAUUCCAGAGUUGGAGCCAGUAUGUAGAAAGGACAUUCCCAGACUCCUACAGUCAAAAGAAAUGAACAUAUGAACAAUUUACCACAAGUUUAAACUGGGGGCAGGGUAUUUCUUUGUGUCGUUUUUUCAGAAGAACUGCCUUUUUGAGUGUGUGCUCUUACCCUGCAAUAAAAGGAAGGAAAACUACAGGAGUUUAGCUCUCAGUAGAAGAGAACACACCUACUGUUCUUUAAUUUUUCCAUUUACCACAGGUAAAGCGUGUGGUCACAGGGAGCUAUCAUGACACAGCUGAUGCAUGCUAAAACCCUGUCUGUUGUUUUCCCUUGGUAAACUGUUCAUAUGCCCACACCCAGAAAAGCACAGUAUGAAAGCACAAUAUGGUUGUUCUAAAAUCCUAGUCUGGAGACUGAAAGGGAUGUCCUAAAACCACAGUGUCAGUCAAGAAAGCACGGUCUAAAAAUCUGGAAUUGUCGGAAUAUUUUUGACAGUGAUAUAGCACACUAAUCAGCCAUCAGUGGUGUUUAUAGAAUGGCUGCUAAAUCGUCUGAAUAGCCAGCACUAGCUUUAUUUUCAGACUGCUAUGUAUAUAUUAAGCUUUGAUAUGCUGUUGUCUCAUCAACUGGUGGAUCUGAAAUGGGAAAGAUGGACAAUGACGAUGCUACCUUUGGUAGCUCCUGCACCUGAAAAAAAGAAAAUUGCAGAAACUAGUAUUCAUCACUUUAAAUAUUUCCUUUCAAAAAUGUGUUCCCCCUCAUCCCCCCCCGUCAGGUGAGUCUGUUUUUUUGUUUUGUUAUUGCAUGACUGGGCUCCUGUUAAGGAUUAAAUUUUGUUUUGAGGUAUACACCAAGUAGGACAUACUGUACAAACAGGAUUAGGGAGUGAAUGGAAUGUUAAGUCCAUCUCUCAACAGUGUUAUUGUAAGUUCGUGCUCUGACUGGUUUGAUUGAUCUUCUGGCUCAUUUGCUUUUAGAUUUGGCAGUUGUUGCCCCAUUUUUUUUCAACAGAUUCAUUUCUGCAUAAUCUAGCAGCUUUCUAGAGUACAAACUUCCACUAGUGCAAACUAUUUCUGUGUUUUGGACAGCUUGUGCAGUCCAAUAUUGGCAAGGUCUGUCUGCAUGUUGCAUGAAACUGACUGCCUGAAUUUUUUUUGUAUAUUUACAAUUGUGUUUCUCCAUAUUGGAGGUCUGGACUUUGCUGCAGGAGUCUGAACAGGAUUUAUGCCAUCAGUAAGAGUAUAGGCUUGUUUUUUGUUUUUAAUAAAAGUUUUAAUUGGAAGGCAUUUAAAAAUAAAUUGAAAUGUGUAAGAUCUAAAAUUACAAGCACACAACUUGUGGACUUACAAAGAAAACAAUUCAAAACAAGUUAAAAAUGACUGGAAGCAAGUGAUAUUGCGAGAUGACUCCAUUGCCACCAAGGUACAUACAAGCACCUUGAGGCAAAAUAUGGUUCUUACUUUCCAGGAUAAGCAUUCAGGGGUUGAUGUUUCCCUUGGCUCUUCUGACUGCCUCCUGUGCCCCUUAAAGCAGUGUCUGAAAUGGUGGUGCUUUCUCUGUUUGGAGGUGUUAGUAGAAUUACUAGCUGCUGAUGAACAAGCCUGUGUCAAUUCGUGUCUGAAGGUAAAUCACUUUUCUAUCAGCCUGUUCAUGAAACAAAUGAAUAAAAGCCCACUGAGCUU